GAAAAAAAAAGGGGAAAAAAGGAAAAGAAAAGAAAGAAAAAAGAAAAAAGAAAAAGAAGCACACACAAAAAGUGGAAACUUUUUCUCCCUGUCCACUUCAUCAAGUUCUGGAAAAUCAAAAUGGAUUUAGAGAAAAAUUACCCGACUCCUCGGACCGGCAGGACAGGACAUGGAGGAGUGAAUCAGCUUGGGGGGGUUUUUGUGAAUGGACGGCCACUCCCGGAUGUAGUCCGCCAAAGGAUAGUGGAACUUGCUCAUCAAGGUGUCAGGCCCUGCGACAUCUCAAGGCAGCUUCGAGUCAGCCAUGGUUGUGUCAGCAAAAUUCUUGGCAGGUAUUAUGAGACGGGGAGCAUCAAGCCUGGUGUAAUUGGAGGAUCCAAACCAAAGGUCGCCACGCCCAAAGUGGUGGAAAAAAUUGCUGAGUAUAAACGCCAAAAUCCCACCAUGUUUGCCUGGGAGAUCAGGGACCGGCUGCUGGCGGAACGGGUGUGUGACAAUGACACGGUGCCCAGCGUCAGUUCCAUCAACAGGAUCAUCCGGACUAAAGUACAACAACCCCCGAACCAGCCGGUCCCAGCUUCCAGUCACAGCAUAGUGUCCACGGGCUCCGUGACGCAGGUGUCGUCGGUGAGCACGGACUCGGCCGGCUCCUCGUACUCCAUCAGCGGUAUCCUGGGCAUCACGUCUCCCAGCGCAGACACCAACAAGCGCAAGAGAGAUGAAGGUAUUCAGGAGUCUCCGGUGCCGAACGGCCACUCACUGCCAGGCAGAGACUUCCUCCGGAAGCAGAUGCGGGGAGAACUGUUCACGCAGCAGCAGCUGGAGGUGCUGGACCGCGUGUUUGAGAGGCAGCACUACUCGGACAUCUUCACCACCACAGAGCCCAUCAAGCCCGAGCAGACCACUGAGUACUCAGCUAUGGCCUCGCUGGCUGGAGGGCUGGAUGACAUGAAGGCCAACCUGACCAGCCCCACUCCCACCGACAUUGGGAGCAGCGUGCCCGGGCCACAGUCCUACCCCAUUGUGACAGGCCGUGACUUGGCGAGCACGACCCUCCCCGGGUACCCUCCGCACGUCCCCCCCGCCGGACAAGGCAGCUACUCAGCACCGACGCUGACAGGGAUGGUGCCUGGGAGUGAGUUUUCCGGGAGCCCCUACAGCCACCCUCAGUAUCCCUCAUACAACGACUCCUGGAGGUUCCCCAACCCGGGGCUGCUCGGCUCCCCAUACUAUUACAGCGCCGCUGCCCGAGGGGCUGCCCCACCUGCAGCCGCCACUGCCUAUGACCGUCACUGACCCUCGGAGCCAGGCAGGCGCCAAGCACUUAUAACACAUAUCACUGAGGGCGAUAGCCUCUCAGCCCCUCUGAAGAUGGCCAGAGGGGCCCAACGAGACCAUCCCCCAGCAACCCCCACUCACCUGAAACUCCCUCCCAACCUUUUCCUGCCAGGGACUCUGGGGUUCCAUGGUAAGGCUGUUGGACUUGUAGACAUGCGUCCAUUUCUAAGAGUCAAUCAGUGAGCUUCUCCCAACAGCAGCUGGGUCUCUGCAAACCAACGGACUAUUCUUCAGACAACUGUAGCCCCAGCCUAGCCUGCCAGUCCCCAGCUGUCUGACCAUCCACCUGUCUUCCUGCCCCAGGCCUGGGAAGGAGAGCUUGCUUUUGUCGCUUCAACAGCACCCAUGUAAAUACCUUCUUGCUUUUUUGUGGGCCUGAGGGUCCAGCUGAGCAGACAGCCCACCCAUUAUGCAUCCACUACUCCCGAUGUGUCACAGGAAAUCUUAGACCUGUGUGCAGAGUAUCCCCUCUGUUCUGGCUGCCCCCCAAGGGUGGGCUUGGAGUUUUCCUUGAGACUAAGGAUGCCCACCUCAGGGCCCAGCCUCCUGCUCAUUGCUACUUCUUUAACGUCUGGACUAGGAGUCUCAUUGGGCUAGUUAUGCUUCAAACUUCCCCCCUGAGAACCCUCCUCAGGAGAAACACACUCUGGAGAGAUGCCCUGGCUUCCUGACUUCAUUUCCCUGGGCCCAAUGCAGUGUGAGCAGCUCUUUUCCAUAUCAAAGGACUCAAAGAGAACUGUCUGGGAGAGUCUUCAGCUACUACUCUAAAGUAAGAUGCUGUCCAAGGUGCUGACUGCAUUGCGGACUUUGAAUGCUAGGGCUGGACAGGACCCAGGAGACCAUAGUCCUAGGCGGGAACCCCAAGCCCCUGGAACCACUGAACUGAACUGGGACGUGUUUUCUGAGGAAUUCCCAGGUUCAUAUCACACCGGACACCCACCGUGGACAUUUCUCCCACCCUCCAGGAUGCCAGAGAGUGGAUUCUGGGCAAGCCUGUCCCUGCCAUGUAGACAAUGAUUAACAAAAAGGACUUUCCUGCACUGAGGACCACAAACACCUACAGAAGUCAGCCAGAACUUCCUGAUCAACCCCUCCCCACCCUCGUGGAGCCUAGUGUGCAGCUGGGAAUAGAGGUGCUGGGGUGGGAGCAGAUGCCUAACCUUGCACAGUGGGUAUGUACCUAUUGAUGCAAGGGGUUGUGAUGGUCAGAGCCAUGGCCAGUGGCCCCAGGAGCCUGGAGAGGGGAGCUUGGAGAACUCACUGUGGGCUGGUGAGAUCAGAAAAACCCACCUGGGAGGAUGCAGGGGACAGAGGAAGGCCUUCUGGGAAGAUUAGGACAGGCAGUGAGGAACUGGUGUCUGAACUGGGAGUGGUUUUGAAAUAGGGGUACCAGGGGCCACCAUCUCUUCUCCCAGGGCCUCAAUUCCUUGAAUAGUUUCUUUUGCCAACUCAGAACAGCAAGGUGAGGCACUACCCGAAUCUGGGCUGAAUUACAGUGAGAACAAUGGAUGUUGCCAUCUCAUGUGACAGUGUCCCCAAUGUUGGCACAUCACCAAAUUGGCAAAGAGCUGGGGUGGAGAGAGCCUGAACUUGACGUUAUUGGGCCUGAGAGGUCUUGUCCUGGCCGUACCUUUUCCUUGCUGUGGGACCUCAGACAAGACGUUCACCUCUCUGAGCCUCAGCUGCCUUGGUAUAGCAGGGUCACCUGCAGGGUCAUCCUACAGCUCUCUCCUUGCCUUCCUCUUUCCCAGGAUGCUGGGGCUGUAACAGAGUCAUCUGGGGCAUGUCUUCCAUUUCUGAGCAACCAUACAGGGUGGGCACCCGAGUCCUGCUAAUAUUUGGACCAAACAGGAAAUAAGAACACCCGGAGGCAUGGGAAUCAGCCUUGGGGAAGACCUAGUCCAACUUCCCUCAGGGGAAACUGAGGCCCCGUUUUGGGAAGCCCAGGACCAUGCAGGGAGAUAGAACAGACCUCCUCUGGCCACCACCAAGUGUUUUCUCCCCAACAUCCUACGAGGAGGUAGGACAGAAGAGGAAACUGAGGCUCAACAAGGUGGAGUCCCCAAGCAGUGACUGGCAGAGGUGGAGCUGGCAUUCAGCCCCCUUACCCCAGGAACAAGGUGAUCCUCCCAUCCUUGGGGAGGGCAGUUGAGAGUGAGGGCAGUGGGAGGUUGCUCUGGGUCCACUGCCACAGAUGGAGUGUCCUGGGCUGUUAGCACUGCUGAGGGAGCCCAGCACCCAGGGCAGAAGUGGAGCCAGUGAGCUCACUGCAGGCACACCCACCAUCUUGGAACCUUCUGGGCAAAGAAGGGAGGCAGCUGGGGCAGAGCCCACCUCUGAAAACAGGAUGAACGAGCUCCAACCUCUACCUGCCAGACAAGGUAGGAGAAGGCAUGUUAGCUGGCCUCUCCUUUCCUCCUUCCCUUCCUCCCUCCCUUCUUAGGAAGUGAUGGGGUCAGGCCUUUGACCUCUUGCAUCCUCAUCUUUGGAUCCUUGUCGCUCCUUGUGGUCUCAGGCUGUUGGGAGGUCAGCCUUCCCUGAACCAACAGCCUGAAGCGCACACUAAAGCCCAUCUGGCCCCAUACUGUUCUUUCUCCUUGCCCUGUGAUGAGCUCCCUCCAUGCCUUUCCUCUCUGAAGCUCUGCUGGUCUUCAGAUCGCAUUGGUAUUUAUUAGACAAGCACUUGAUUCCUGGACUGCCAGGCAGAAGCACAAGAGCACAUGGACGCACACGCAUGUUCUCACACAUGUACCUGCUCUCCGCAGCUCAGAGUUCCCGCGCUGGUUGAGCUGCCCGGGAGCUCAGAGAGAACGGUUCUGAAGGACACAAGCCGUUGAGUAAAUGCCAGAGAAUUCUGAAUGAAAAACACAAGGUCGGGGCUUUCACCAGCAUCGUGGCUGGAGGCCUAGGGACCUUCAGCCCUAUGUUCCAGCUCUGACUUUUGGAAAAGGACCUUGUGAAUUUUACGAAAAAGUUUCAUACCAUUAGUCUAGCUCCAGCCUUGAAAAUUUGAUGACA